CAAUAGGUAUUUGUUCAUAUGGCGGCAUUUAGAAACGAUCUCCGACCUUUUGUUUAAAAGUUCGUUUUUAUUUUCGUAACUAAGGAUUUCCAAUUUCUCUUGCAGACAAAGUGGACAUGAUUUGCUUUUGUUCGAGUAACUUCUCACACGUUUUACGAUCGACCAGUUUAACUCCGGCGUGAUAUUUUGAUCCUUUAACUGCCAGAUGUAAGUGGACAGCGUGGUACUGUUCAUGUACUUUUUGUUGUUGAAAGAUAAUUUGUGCCCACCAUCAACAGACACCAAACGUAAAAAAAUAAUCGAAACCUUCAAAACGAUCGGAUUCGACAUCGAGAUUCAAACUAACCUAAAAAGAGUAGACUUCCUCGACGUUACACUUGAUUUAGAUUCAGAAACUUUCAAACCCUACAAAAAGCCAAACGAUCAGCUCCAAUACGUCCACAUUUUAUCUAACCAUCCAAAAAAUAUUUUGAAACAACUACCAAUAUCAAUCAACGAUAGGCUUGUCAAAAAUUCGUCAAACGAACAAGUUUUUGACCAAGCCAAAACGGAAUACGAAGAAGCCCUCCGAAAAAGCGGAUACAAAAACCUGAACUUGUCCUUCAAUAAAAAGGAACCCAAUCGGAUUGGCAGAAAUAGGAAACGAAACGUGAUAUGGUUUAACCCACCUUUCAAUAAAAAUGUUGUUAACGACGUCGGGAGAUCCUUUCUGAAACUAAUUAAGAAGCACUUUACAAAAGAAAACAACCUUCAAAAAGUUUUCAAUAAGAAUAACGUUAAAGUCAGCUACAGUUGUACAGAAAACGUGAAGUCCAUCAUUAAUUCACAUAAUAAAAAAGUUUCUUCAAAACAAAUAAUCGAUACACCAACAUGCAAUUGCAGAGUUAAAAGAACGUGCCCUCUACAAGGAAAUUGUAGAGUUCAGUCUGUCAUCUACAAAUGCGAAGUCACCGCUCAAAACCAACCAAAAAAGGCCUACAUCGGGUUAACUGAGAAAGAGUUCAAAGAACGCUACGGUGGGCACAAAUUAUCUUUCAACAACAAAAAGUACAUGAACAGUACCACGCUGUCCACUUACAUCUGGCAGUUAAAGGAUCAAAAUAUCACGCCGGAGUUAAACUGGUCGAUCGUAAAACGUGUGAGAAGUUACUCGAACAAAAGCAAAUCAUGUCCACUUUGUCUGCAAGAGAAAUUGGAAAUCCUUAGUUACGAAAAUAAAAACGAACUUUUAAACAAAAGGUCGGAGAUCGUUUCUAAAUGCCGCCAUAUGAACAAAUACCUAUUGGCCAAUUAUAAAUCAAAAGACUGAUAAUGACAUUUUGACACUUUUCUUAUUGUAAAUUACUGAUUUUAUUGCACGUUUUACAGCCUCAUUUAAUUUUGUUAUACUUAUAGGAAUUCAGAUCAGUUGAAUUUAUUUUACAGCUGAGGAUUGUAUAGUGAAUACAUGAAACUCUGAGUACUGUAAAAGCUCAGUUUACUUUAUUACCCUUGUUAUAUGGCUCCUGUGAUUUAAUGUUAUAGUCGAGCACUGUUUUGAGGAUAGCAUUACGCAUCUGU